UUAGAGACGGUCUCGGCUGCUACGCGUUUCUCUUCGGAUCACGUGUCAAAUGGCGCACUUGACAAUCUGACACAGAAAUCACUUUGUCGCUCCGUUUUUCUUCGCGUCCCCUUUGCUUUUCCACCCUCUCCGCCUUUUCACUCUUACUUUCGGACACUCGCUUUGGGGCACAACACCGCCGGAGUGUUUUUCAGCUGCUUGAAAAAAGUUUUCGCCAAAAGGCCCAUAUGCUCGCCAGAUCAGCGAGGGAGUGGAGAGUGGGCGUGUCCUUUCGGCGAAGUGGGCGUGACCGGGCGUGAUUGACGCUGUUCACAUCCAAUUGAGUUUCAGUAUCAGCGCUGCGUGGAAUAAGUAGCUGCUGCCAGCGGGGGUUCUGCCUGAGAUCUUACCUGCUCCAACAAGAAAACUUCAUCUGUAGUUGUCAUGGCGACUCCAGGGUUUGCAGAAGACCUACAACCCUCCCAGCCCCAAGGGGGUAGCAUAACCACAGCCAAAGCUGUCCAGCAGAAAGCCACGCCCGCUGCCACAUCCCAAUUCCUCCCAGAGAUACAGAGCCCUUCAAGCUCCACCCCUUCGCAGACAGUCCCCACCGCUAGAGCUAGUCAGGUCACGCCCCCGGUGAGCCAGAAGAAGACGGUUUUGGCAAUACCUUCUCAAGUAACCGUGGCAGCAGGGCCUUAUGUUGCCUCGGAGAUUCAGAGCUCCGCAUCCCAGUCCAGCAACGGACAGAGCACGCCACAGUACAUAGUGGUCACUGUUACUGAAGGGUCUCUCCAUUCUAAUGAUUCCGUGUCAGACUCCAGUCCACCUCCUACUGUCCAGACAGGUGUGCCCACUCAUGUAGUGCAGCAGGUGCAGACCGCGCAGCAGAGGUCAGUGGUGCAGACCACAGUGAAAAGCCAGACCAGCCAGCUGGGGGUUGCCAACCUGCACAUCACUCCUGAGAUCUCUCAGGUCGGACAGCAUGUGUACCCCAGCCAGGUUCAGUACGUGGAAGGUGAUGGCAACUACAACAACACAGCCAUACGUUCCAGUACUUAUCCUUACACAGACUCCACCCUCUACACUCAGGCCACACCUUCUGGCACGUACUAUGAAGCCCCGCCCACGUCCACCUCCCAGGUCCCCACCCCUGUGACCUCUCAGCCGGUUUCUGUGACUACAGGGUCAGGCAGUGGAGCAGCACCCAUGUUCUCUGGAGGUGGUACGGGGGUAACCGUGGUGACAGGUGGCUCAUCCUCCAGUGGUGCGGGCGGAACUGGGGGCGGGACCAGUGGAGGAGGGGCUGGGAGUUAUGUUGUUCCGGGGGGAUACAUGCUGAGUGGAGGAAGCCAGAAUUACUCCCCUACCCCACGUGCCUCACCUGCUACUUUGCAGUGGUUGUUUGAUAAUUAUGAAACGGCUGAAGGAGUCAGUCUUCCUCGCUGCACUCUGUACUGUCACUACCUGCUGCACUGUCAGGAGGCCAAGCUGGAGCCCGUUAACGCAGCAUCUUUCGGCAAGCUCAUCCGAUCUGUCUUCAUGGGCUUACGCACUAGACGCCUGGGGACCAGAGGGAACUCCAAGUACCACUACUAUGGGCUUCGGAUCAAGAGCAGCUCCCCCCUGCACAGGCUAAUGGAGGACCAGCAGUACCUGGCCAUGAGACAGCAGCCCUUCUCCCAUAAGCACAAAUUAAAGCCAGUGCAGAAAGUUGAAGGAAUGACCAACGGCAUGGCAAUGGGGGUUGGCUCAGGACAGGGGGCGGGGCUGGUUGACAUCAGCUCUCAAGUUCAGCACUAUCAGCAGUUUUUAGAGGCAUCCCGUUCUCUGCCAGAAUUUCCAGAUAUUGAUCUCCAAGGGAAGCCUCUGCCAGAUGGAAUUCUUCCAGAGCACAUUCGGGCGUUCCAGCAGCUGUACAGAGAACACUGCGAGGCUAUAGUGGAUGUGAUGGUGAACCUGCAGUUUACUCUGGUAGAGACUCUGUGGAAGAGCUUCUGGAGAUUUACUGAGGGCCCAAACAAUGACAUGGAUAUGGAUCUUCAUGGGGAAUCAGAGAAACGGUUGCCGAAGGUGUGUUUGGUGCUGCUGUGUAAAUAUGAGCCUGUUUUGCGCUGGAGCCGCAACUGUGACAACACCCUCUACCAAACUCUAGUGGAAAUCCUAAUUCCUGAUGUCCUCAGACCCAUACCCAGUGCCUUAACCCAAGCUAUCCGAAACUGUGCUAAGAGCUUAGAGAAUUGGCUCACCAGCGCCAUGAUGAUCAUACCAGAGGAGAUGGUCCGAAUCAAGGUUGUGUGUGCAGGAGCAUUUGCACAGACUCUGCGCAGAUACACUUCUCUGAAUCACCUGGCCCAGGCUGCCCGAGCUGUGCUGCAGAACUCAGCCCAAAUCACCCAGAUGCUCAAUGACCUCAACAGAGUGGACUUCACUAACGUACAGGAGCAGGCAUCGUGGGUGUGCGUGUGUGAUGAGCGGAUGGUGCAGCAGAUUGAGCAGGACUUUAAGAUGACCCUGCAGCAGCAGAAGUCUUUGGAGCAGUGGGCAGCUUGGCUGGAUGGAGUCGUCUCCCAGGUCCUAAAGCCCUACAGCUCUAGUCCAGGAUUUCCCAAAGCUGCCAAACUCUUUCUGCUUAAGUGGAGCUUCUACAGCUCUAUGGUGAUCAGGGAUCUGACCCUGCGCAGUGCAGCCAGUUUCGGCUCUUUCCAUCUCAUCCGCCUGCUCUAUGAUGAGUACAUGUAUUACCUGGUGGAACACAGGGUGGCCCAGGCCAAAGGAGAAACGCCUAUCGCUGUAAUGGGAGAGCUUUCCAGCCUGAGUCGGAAUAUGGAUGCAUCAGACGUAGAGAAAGAAGAGGAGGAAGAGGAGGAGGACGAGAGCGACGAAGAUCAGAUGUGCGUUAUGGCCGACUCGGCUGCUGUGGCGGAGGAGUCUCUGGAGCCGCCCACCAAACUGGCCAGAACGGACCCCUUCAACAGCGCACACAACUAAAGCACACAUUCAGCUCCGCACACGACCAUCACACACAAACACACACAUUUACAUCUCUAACCCACUUAUACAGACAGAACUAACACACACACAUGGCUUUUUUAUUAGGUAUUCUUAGUGCCAUGCAGUCAUCUGCCUUAUCCUUUACCAAACUACUCUAUUGCCUCUAUACGAUAGUGUAAUGUAUUGAUGUUUAAUGCCUUAAAUUGAUUUCAGUGAUAAUGCCUUAAGUAUACACAUAGCCCAUUUGUGUGAUAGCGUUUACAGUAUAAAUAUUAUACAUAGAGAGUGACUGUGUAUGUCAGGGUGUGUUUAUGUUUGCGUAUGGGCAAAGAAGCACUUUUCACUGUCAGAAACAACAGGCAGAAAAUGUAAAAGUGAGGCAAGACGCUAAACAGAAACAGCGUCACUCCCACUGUAACAUUUCUGACUGGAAAAGAAAUCAGAUUUUAAUCAGAUGAGUCACACAACCAAGUCAUGCUAACUAAGAUACUGUAAUGGUCACUGUGCACUUAGCAGGCUGUCAUCCAGCUCAUGCGGCCAUCACAGUCAUCUGCUCUUUGUGGUUCGGUGGAGAAAUGGUGCACCGAGGCGCUUGUGCUUUAUGGCUUAUUGUAAACACAAGCUUUGCUCAUACAGUUGGAUAAAAAGUUUGAAGUCCCCAUAUGAAAUGGCAUGUUUUGUUAAUUUUCUAAGUAAAAAAUGUUGGGAAAUUUUAUUGCAGUUAAAAAAAACCAAAACAAAACAAACGUGUACAUUCAAAGUGGAAAUAAACACUGCUUGUUUAUUUCCUUGUUGGAAGUGUUAAAGCUGGAGCUACAAGUUCGGAUAAGCCCCUUUUUUGUUUGGUGUCUUGGCUCCACCCUGAUGGGCUGACCUGCAGAUCGAAGCCUGAAACCGAAAGCAGCUGAAAGCAGCUGAAAGCAGCUCGCUUCCUUUUCUGUUGUUGUGCUUUUCUCUAGAUUUUAUUUUCUGUUUCUCAAAGCGGAAUAAGACAUUUUAGUCCCUUUUAUAUCUUCUGCUGUUUCUGACAAUGAAAACGAGAAAUGCCUUGUUUUUUUCCCCAUUCCCCAUGUUUGGAUUUUGAAACGAGAAUCAGAACCUCCCCCCCAUUUUUUUCAAUUUCUGCUUUCAUUUUUUUUUCAUUUCUGUCACUGGAAUGAAAAUAAAAUGAGCAAAAAUGAGCACCAGUGAUGAUGAUGGUGAUUUUCCUGAAUAACAGGAAAAAGGAAUAGCAAAAAUAAAUAA